UUAAUUGGGAUACAUCAGUGCUUGUUGGUUUAUUUGCUCAUGAUGAUCUACUACAGGGAUGAAUUCUUCAACAUGUUUUCCUACUUUGAUGGAAUGAUGGAUUCAAAGGAAGCUUCCUGGGCGAUUCGAAAGAAACACCUCGAGGAGAAUAUUAAAGUUGCCUUGAAGUGGACAAAGUAAGAUUUUACCAAAAAGCUCUCAAUAUAUUAUUUUAAUAAUUUUUUUUGUAAAUUCUUUUUAGGAUAUUUAUAAUUUUUGUGUCAAUUGGUGGCAUAAUUAUAACAUCCUUUGACCUAUUCCUGACAAACUUUACUGCUCCAAUGCUCUUUCUUAUCCCUGGAAUUCCUCAAAGUAGUCUAUUUUUCUAUCCAUGUAACAUCACUUACCAAAUUCUCCUCUAUUUUGCAAUCCUCGAAGCAAUAAUGGGCGCAGAUGCGGUGAUCAUGACGACAAUCUGCUAUUAUCGUGGUGAAAAUCAAGCUAUUCUGGAACUAAUUGAGGAACUUAAUGAACCAGAAGUCGCCCAAAAAAACAGCAAAGAUAUCCUCAGAACAAUUUGCCAAAUUCACCAAAUUGUUACGGCAAAUUCAAAGACAUUACUCCACUGCUAUUGGCACGUCUACUUCCACAAACUCAUAACGAUCAUCCUCUACCUCUGCACGAUUUUGUAUAUUUUCCAAUCAUUCAAUGCAAAGUUCGUUCUAGCGGCACUUGUUUGCGUUGCAAUAGUCUUGUCGCAAAUUUUUAUUCUCUGCUUCUUCGGACAACUCCUACAGAAUAGCUCAGAGGCCAUUGCAGAGGCACUUUACAUGACAAAAUGGUACGAAAUGCCCAUUGAAAGCCAAAAGAAUCUUCUUCUCCUUCUAACAAGAUUCCAAAGACCAGCUAAAAUUGAGGCAUUUGGAUUUGGAGUUAUAUCAAUCUACACCUUUGCUCAGAUCAUAAAAGCUGCUGCAUCUUAUGCAAGUAUCGCUUAUACUGUACUUCAAUAAAUUCGUUUUUUUUUUUUCAGUCAUGCAUAUUUAUUUCACAGAAUAAGGAAAUUAUAUAAUAAAUUGUAGGAAAAAUUUCAUAUUUGUGUAUCAAAAUACUGACCUUUCCUGUAAAA